GGGAGCAUCUUUGCGUACCUCGCCGCGUGCUUCGUGUACGGCAGAACCAAAUCUGAUCGGUCAUCGGUCGGUCAGCGGAAGAGGAAGGAUGAGUAGCAGCUACAGGAUGAUACCCCGGUCGGUGGUGAUCCUUUGGUACGGAGCGUUCCUAUGCCUACCCGUGGCAGUUCUGGGGCAGACCUUCGUCGAGGUCAACACCACCGAUCUGAACGAUUUCGAUCUGGAACAGUUUGCGCUGAAAAUGGAGCAGCUGGAUUUGCGCAUGAUGCGCUUCGAGCUGAGCAUCCAGAAAAAGGUGGACACCAUUUCCGGGGUGCUGCAGAAUCUGGUACACGUGAUCGAAAACCUAGCCUGGCACAUUUCGGAAACGGAACGGUCCGCUAUGAACUCGGAACAUCAGCUGCGGGUUAUCGGGAAGAAUCUCACCCUGCUGCAUAAGGAGAUGAGAGAUCUCGCCCUCGCCCAGCAACGCCUCCCAACCCGUACGUACUUCGAUGACGCCAUGGUAAUGCUGCGGGCCCAAUCCAACUGCGAGAACACACCGGAGCUGAUCGAGAUGGACCACAAGCAGACGGAGAUGAUGUCCAAACCACUUCCACGCAUUCUCGAGGCCUGUGAUCAGCUUUACUCGUACAGUCCGUCCGGAGUCUAUACCGUUCAGCCGGAUGGGGAAUUCGGCAAACCAAUUAUGGUGUACUGCGAUCAAGACUACAACGAGGGCGGCUGGACCGUUUUCCAGCACCGGUACAACGGGAUGGUGAACUUUUUCCGCGACUGGGACGAGUAUCGGUUUGGGUUUGGCAAAAUGGAUGGUGGUGAAUUUUGGCUCGGCUUGGAGCGGAUCCAUCAGCUGACCUAUUCGGCACCGCACGAGUUGGUCAUCCUGUUGGAGGACUUCGAUGGGAAUAGUACCUUUGCUAGGUACGAAAAUUUUGAAAUCGCUGGUGAGACGGAUUUGUACAAGGUUAUGAGAAUCGACGGAUUUAGCGGAACGGCCGGGGAUUCGAUGAGCUACACGAAGGGGGCCUACUUCAGUACCUUCGAUGAGGACAAUGACACCCAUCUGGAGAAUUGUGCCAUCAAGUAUCACGGUGCUUGGUGGUACCGGAAUUGUCACUCCAGCAAUCUGAACGGUAAAUAUCUGCGCGGGGAAAACGACGAGUUCGGAGUGGGGAUGUCCUGGGCAAAGUUUCACGGCGUUGGUUAUUCGCUGAAAAUGUCCAAGAUGAUGAUUCGCCGGAAGGGUGGCAACCCGGGCAAGGUUAUUGAUGGGAUGAAGGAAAUCGAGAAGACGAUGUCGCAGCUGUGAUUUGAGUGAACGCGAAGGAAAGUGUAUAAACUUUGUUUGUAAUGUCAUAAAAAAUAUCUCUUAUGAUAA